AGCAAGUUGUGGCGCAGGGCAUCCUGGGAACGAUGAAGAAAUGGUAGAACCAAGCUGUGAUGUCUGGGAUGAUCCGGAAGUGGACACAGAAAGGCAGCAGGACGAGGGACAGGAAAUCCUGUGGGAGGAAACGCAAAGUACGACUUCCAACCAGUGUGAGGAGAGAGGAGCCACACCACAGACACAUGUACAGCCCCAUACAGGCCAGAUGGUAGCCUUAGUUGACACUGGAGCAGUAUUUAGGGAGCAUAAUUACUCUAAAACGGCUGGCGUCCAGGCUAGGCAGGCGGAUGGACAUGAUGCAACAGAUACCUCUGGUACAGCCCCUGUAGAGGAGGGUUCUUUACACAAGACGAAGAAGCCGCACAAUAGUGGAUUUUCUUCGCUGGUUAAAACAGGCUUAAAUAAACACAAGACUAAACGCACAAAACGCUUCGUAUGUGGAGAGUGCGGAUACAGGACGGUAAGUAUGUCUUACCUUAACAAGCAUAUCAAGAAGCAUCCAGCUAAGAAACCCUAUAAGUGUAAAAAGUGUGACUUUUCUUCUGCACGGAAAAGGUGUUUAGCCACACACAUGUUACGGCACACUGGUGAAAAACCCUUCAUGUGUGGGGAGUGCGGACACAGGACGGUUACUAAAUCUGACCUAGCCAAACAUAUGAGAACACAUACAGGUGAGAAACCUCACAAAUGUGACCAGUGCGACUUUGCCUCCGCAUGUAAGGACCGUCUAAGGAGGCACAUGUUUAAACAUGGUGGUGAGAAACCCUUUCAGUGUGGAGAGUGCGGGUACAGGGCGAUUGAUAGGUUUGAUCUAUCCAUGCAUAUGAAAAGACAUACAGAUGGGAAAUCCUUUAAAUGUGAUCAGUGCGACUUUUCUUCUGCGUGGAAAAGGAGUUUAGCCCGACACAUGUUGGUACACACUGAAAAUAAACCCUACAUGUGUGGAGAGUGCGAGUACAAGACGACUGUGAAAAAUUACCUUACCAAGCAUAUGAAGAAACAUACAGGUGAGAAACCCUUCAAUUGUGAUCAGUGCGACUACAGGACGAUUACCAAAGAUAACCUUACCAAACAUAUCAGAAAACAUACGGGUGAAAAACCCUAUAAGUGUGGAGAGUGUGAGUAUCGGACGGCUGAUAGGUCUCAACUAUCCAAGCAUAUGAGAACACAUACAGGUGAAAAACCCUAUAAAUGUGACCAGUGCGACUUUUCUGCUGCACAGAAAGGCAGUUUAGUCCUACACAUGUCACGACAUACUGGCGAGAAACCCUUCAUGUGUGGAGAGUGCGAGUUCAGGACAGCUCACAGGUCUUCCCUAGCCAAACACAGGAUGAAACAUACAGGUGAAAAUCCCCACAAAUAUGUGCAGUGGGACUAUGCCUCCGCGCUGAAGACUGACCUUAGGAAACACAAGUUUAUAUGUCAUGACGAGAAACCUUACAAAUGUGACCAGUGCGACUAUUCCGCUGCACGGAAACGGUAUUUGGAUCAACACAUGGCUAAUCACAUCGGUAAGAAACCCUACAUGUGUGAGAAAUGUGGAUAUAUGACUGCUGGCAGGUAUGAACUAUCAAGGCACAUGAGGAAACAUACAGGCGAAAAGCCCUACAAGUGCGACCAAUGCGACUAUUCUGCUGCACGGAAAGCACAUUUAGACAAGCACAUGGCAAAGCAUACGGGUAACAAGCCCUACUUGUGUGAGCAGUGCGGGUACAGGUCAGCUAGCAAGUCUGACCUAACUGUACAUCUAAGAAAACACACCGGUGAGAAACCUUACAAAUGUGACCUGUGUGACCAUUCUACUACACGGAAAAUAUAUUUGAACCAACACAUGGCGACGCAGACAGGCAAUAAACCCUACAUGUGUGAGGUAUGCGGUUACGGAGCAGUGAGCAAGUCUCGCUUAUCUGUACACCUUAGAACACAUACAGGUGACAAGCAGAAGAAGAAACACACGACCUAGACACCUUGUUUGCUUGGAGACAGCAAGACGGUUGUUAAGGUGUACUCUCACUGGACUUGGGGCACGCUUGCGGCAUUGCGGGUUUCGAAAGAUACUCAACGAAUUUCAG